AUGGCGAAUAUUCCAAAGAUCAGGCAUACUGUUUAUAAGGGACCAAGCAUAGUGAAAGAGAUAAUAUAUGGAAUAACAAUAGGCCUUGCUGCUGGAGGGCUGUGGAAGAUGCAUCACUGGAACAACCAAAGACGGGCGAGGGAGUUCUAUGAUUUGCUUGACAAAGGAGAGAUCAGUGUUGUCGUGGAAGAUCAGUAG